AUGGCGGCAAGUGGACCGUCCCUGGUGUUUACUACAAAUUCAUCAAAGCAUAAAAAGAAUUCAAGUACUCAAGACACCAAACUACUGCGACGACCAAGAGCCCCAAAGCCUCUUCCACCACUAUCCACACCUUCCCCAACAAAGAACUCAAGUUCACCUGUAAAACCAUUUUAUGAAACCUAUGACUUUGAUACAGAUAUUCCUACACGUGAAACCCCAGUAACAAUUCGACAAUCGCCCACGCCUAGUGUGGUACCUAGUUUGAUAUCACCUCCACCUUCAGAAUCCAAUCCAACAAGGAAGCACUAUCUAUACAGACAUGUCAUACAACAUGGAUCUCAACAAACGAAUGUGGCUUUUGUCAGUAGAGAUGACAAGAAAUUUAUUUUGGAUCCUUUAUACAGGGUCAAAACAAGUCUUGGGACUUAUGUUGAUGGAAAAUCCUUAAUAAAGCCAUUUAAACCCAGGGGACCAGAAAGUUUUCCUGCCAGACCACCUCGGAGACAUCCUGAAAUAUUUCAUGUAGACUAUGUUGAUGAUAUAAGGUAUUAUGCUCCACCAACAUUUACUUUGGAAACAUUUAUGAUGGAGAUAUCGGACAGACAGAGACUGCCUAUGAGGUCUGUUAAACAGGCCGUGUGUUCCAGAUAUAAUUACAAGAAAAUGACCAAGUUACUUGCCGAACAAAAUACGUUUGAGUUAUCCCAAGACGAGGUUCACACGAACACAUUUACUCCAGAAGGACAGAGUAUUCCUCCUGUUGAACCAAGAAUUCCUCAGAAGCAGCUUCUAAUUGAGAUGGCAGCCAUGAUAAAGCAACAUGUCCGUGAUCUCAUGAACACUGAAGUAAAAUCUGUAAUUAGACCACUGAAGCGAUACAGUCCUAGCCACCAUGACACAGAUGUUCCACAUACAGAGAUUAUACUGUAUGAGGAUGAUACUACAGAGGUGGCCAGUAGGAGUCAACAAAUUCGUCAAGAUACAGAGAUUCCGUCUGUAGAUUCCAUGUUCCACUCUGCCCGUUCUCGGUAUUUCCAAGGCUCGGGACGCAGUCAGUCACCUUUUACGGCACCUGGUGAUGCUAAUGGAGUAAUCUCCCCUUCAGAACUCGCAAUAUUAGAUUCACUUAUCAACGGUGGCAGAGCUCUAAGUUUGAAGGCACACUUUAUAUCAGAGCUUCCUGACAUCAAUCCUCUCAUACGAACAGUGACCUACAUCAACCUCUCAUUCAAUGACUUCACGCUGUUUCCUCGCUCCAUACUGGAUGUUAAACAGUUAGUUACACUAAAAUUGAGGAACAAUCCCCUAAGGGAGCUUCCACCUGAUAUACAACGCCUCAAGAACCUUAAAACCUUGGUGGUGUCUUUUUGUCUUCUACAGACCUUACCUCUGGGCUUGUUUUCUUUACAAAAGCUGCGACAUCUUGACAUCUCCUACAACAAAAUCACAUUUGUCCCUAAUGAAAUCAGCCAAUUCAGGUCCCUGAGAGAACUUAAUAUGGAAGGAAACCAGUUACCAGCCAUGCCCUGUGGUGCUUUACUUCUGGAGCUCAACUAUCUCAACGUCAAAAACAAUUUCAUGCAUCCACUGUUCUGGAAAGAGAAUACCCGUAACCAGCCUCAGCGACUGAUUGAUAUGGCAGCUCUGACUAUGUACAAGUCUGAAAUGUACAGAAAGGCAGAGAACCUGGCACCAUCAGUCAUCAAUGUCCUGUCCAGCCGAUCUACAUGUGAUUGCUGUCAUGGACCCCUUUAUGGCCCAGGCUUAAGGAUUAUUCGACCAGUCAGCAAACUUCACGGCAUUAUAAAUCUUCCUUUCAUCUUUCGUGCGUGCUCACCACACUGUCUCAGGGACUUUAAAAGCAGCAAAGAGACACUCUCUGAGAUACUUUAUGGUGCAAGGGAAGGACAUACAGAUGAAGAGGAAGAGGAGGAGGAGGAGGAAGAGGAAGGGGAAUAG